AUGAUUAUGCAAUCGCAUGACUUACUGCCAGCAUUUUCCCUUACUCCCUUGUGCAGGGGCGAGAAAAGAGAAAUCAGAUACGAGCUCUCUCAAGCUUACAGAAGGAUGGAUUCUUUUCGUUCUCCAGAAGUCGCUUUCCUCGUGGAUGAAUUGAUGAACGAGCAUCAUGUCCCUGGUCUCUCUAUCACUGUCAUGCAAAAUGAUGAAAUUGCUUCUCUGGGCUAUGGGAAGACAGUCUUAGAGCUCACAACUGUAUACACAGCGGACACACUCUUCGACAUAGUGUCUUCCUCCGGAUUUUUGACUGUUGCCUGCGUCCGGUUGCUGGUAAACGAUAACGAGAACUACCCAGAAAUGCAGUACGAUGCGAUAAUGUCAACCCUCCUUCCCGGAGAUUUUGUCAUUCCUGGCACUGGGUAUACGGAAGGUGUCACACUGGAGGAUAUCCUAAGCUACAGAAGUGGCAUGCCUUCGUAA